ACAAUAUUGAAAGCGUUGAAGGUUGAAGAAAAUUGCUUCUAGUUUAUAGAACUAGACAACACGUCUAGACUCAAUGUAUAUUUUCACUGAUUUAGCAUUUGAAUUCACUGGUUUUAAUGAAACAUAGACUAGACAAACAUUUUCCCUCGUUAUUUAUACACGUAUUACAUUUAAAGGAAAUUUACUCAGGUGUAUACGGUGUAUAAUUUUCUAUUAAAUUCAUUACAAUGAACUCAAUAAUUGUUUCUUAACAAUUUAGUGUUAUCUGAUAAAGUUUUACUAUAAAUACAAGUUUUUAUGAAAACUGUCUUUAUUACAGUAAUAACGGAUCUUUGAAUUGCAAUAUAGAUUAUUUUAGCUCACUUAUACAUAGAAUUAUGCUAUUAUUUUUAUUUUCAUUUGUUUUCUUCGUCUUUCCAAUUGAUUCUAAAUAUUUGGAACAUGAAGUCGAAAUUUCCAAAGAAAUCAUUGAAUUAAAUGAAUAUGUGACAAAAGAAAUAAGGAAUUUUACAGAAUUUUACACAUCCACCCAAUUUCAACAAUCACAGCGAAUAAGAAAACUGUAUGAGCAGAAUGAAAUUGCUUCUCUGGAAUACGUCCUCAAACGAAUAGCUCUAAUUAACGAGAGUAUAGCUUCAGUAGAAAGAAAAAACAUUUGUAAAAAUAGUACUUUUGAGCAAUUUUCUUGGGUAUUAUUACGUUUCCCUUUACAAUACCAACUCAACUGUUCUGCAAGUAUUAAUCGCAUUUAUUUUAAUGAAUUCAAUUCGAAUGAUUUUACUUAUAUGGAACACAUAUCUUGGGUAACUAUAUUGAAAAUUUCUAGUUAGGUGAAGAGAUAAAAAACAGUUGCAAUUCCAUGCAUCAAAAUUGUAAUAAAUUAAAGGAAGAAAGAAUCAAUUUUUCAGAAUGCUUAUUUCAAGGACGGAAAAAAAUGGAAAUAUUGAAAGAAUUUCUUCAUGACAAAAUGAAUAAAGUAAUAAAUUCAAAAAUUUUCGAUUUUCAAGAAUUCGAUAUAAAAUUUCACUUGUGCUACAAAGAAAUGAAGAAUCAAUUGAAUAUCAAUUAUCAUAGGGUUGAAAAACAAUAUUUAGAUUGUCUCACUGAAAAUGAAAUGAAUAAUAAAUGAUUACCACCGUAAACGACUGCAUUUGAAUUAGUUAAAAUGUU